AUGACCGUAGAGGAACUCCAAGAUGAGAUAUGUGCAAUAGAUGCAAUCUUUCCGAACACCACAUCGGUAAUGGCGCCGCAAGUCUAUGAACUUAAGGUGCCCCAGCAUGAACAACUUUUGAUCCAGAUGAGCUUUCUGGAGCUGUACCCAGAUGUACCUCCCGACAUUCUUCAACUACGUACUACUGAUCCCAAUAAAUACACAGACUUGAACUACCUAGAGCAUUCCUUCAAGACCAUCCUCUCAGGUAUAUUUAAUGUUGGAGAAGUUUGUCUAUUUGAGUUCUUUUCGGAAUUGGAACAAACUCUCGAAGUCUAUGACGUGAGACUCGAGGAAGCUGAAGCGAAAUUCCAAACGGAACAGGAAGUCCAGAAAGAAUAUAGGGACAUAAGUCCAACUAGAUAUAUAAAUAAAGAGGGACAUCGGGAAGUCUCAGUAGAACCAGACCCUGACCCUUUUGAAGGUUGGACACAGUCCGAAGUCAUCGAAGACAGGGGCUCCAAGUUCAUAGGCUUUGCCAGAGAGGUGCAUUCUGUACAAGAAGUGAAACACUUUUUGGGACAGCUCUUGACUGAUAGAAAGAUUCAACGUGCAGCACAUAAUAUGACCACAUGGAGAAUAAAGGGAGAGAACGGCGUACAGUACCAAGAUUGUGAUGACGAUGGAGAAACGGCAGCAGGAAGUAGAAUGUUGCAUCUAUUAACAGUAUGUAUUUAA